AUGGAUAUUGAUCAUUCUGUAAUUCAUAUGUAUGAACAAUUGAUGAAUAAUAAUUCAAAUAAAACUUUACAAUCAACAUCAAAUACAUCAGUCGCACAAAGUUUAAACAAUUCUACAUCAUGUAAUAAUGAUCACAACAAUGUUGAUGUUAAUAAAAAUACUUUCGAAAGUAAUAAUAAUACAAAUAAUCAACUUUCUCAAUGUAAUGAAAAUCAUGAGUCAACUGAAGAUAUUAUCGAAAUAUUAAACAUACAAACAAACAAUGAACCAAAACUAAUAAAAAUUAAUCAAAUUAAUACCGAUAUUGAUUUUCCAUGGAAAUUACAAGCAAUUAUUAGCUGUACACAUCCAAAACGAACAUAUAUUAAUUCAAAUGGCGAAGGUGAAAUAUCAACAUGGGACUUAGUCGAUGAUACAGCUGCAAUUAAUCUUGUAGCUUUUAAUUUGGAUUCGUAUAUAUUACCGAAUAAAUUAUUUGAAGGAAAAUCAUAUGAAUUUAAUGGUUUAUCAAUCAAAACAGUUGAUAGUAUUUAUAAAAAAUUACCUCAUGAUUAUCAAUUAAUUGUAAAUAAAACAACUAAAACACGUGAAAUUACAAUGACAUACAAACAUCAUUUGACUUAUAAUUUUACUCAUUUAAAUGAAGUUGAAAAUUUACCGUUGAAUUCAAUAAUUGAUGUUAACGUCAAGGUUUUAAGAGAUUAUGGAACAACUACAGGCAUUGCAAAUGGUAAUCCAUGGACUCGACGUGAAAUUCAUGUUUCUCAAGAUCACGUUCACAUGAAAUUAACGUUAUGGAAUGAACAGGCGAAAAAAAUUCCAACAAGUAUGAUUAACAAAGAAUUAAAACUAAAAAAUAUUAAAAUUGAUUGGUUUAAUGGUUCACGUACACUUGUUGGUAUGCCCAAUACAAUUCGUCUAUUAAAUAUUGAUGAUAAAUAUAUUAUGAACUUUCUUCAGAAAUUGAUCAAACAUCUUUUUCCAAAUAAAAUUAUAACUUAUCGUAUAGCUGACUUAAAUAAUCAAAUAUUGGAACAAAACAACAAAAUAAAUAAUAUAUUUAUAAGUAUUGAAAAAGAAAAUAGAUCUCGACAAUUUUGCUAUCUUACAAUUGAAGAAUUAAUAAAAUUAUUUGAAAAUUGUCCUGUAACAGAUCGAGCAUUAUACGAAUGUAUUUCUCCAAAAAAUUCUGUUAAAAUAUAUAUCGAUUUCGAAUACAUGAUUCAUAAUAAUUUGGAUAUACAAAAUCAUCAUAUUGGUCCUAUGUGCUUUGUUAAAAUUCUAUAUUAUUUCCUAAAUAUUCCAGAUGAUACUAUUAAUACAGUAGAAGAUUAUACUGAAAACGUUUUCAAACAAUUUCUAGUUUUAGAAGCAUCAACAAGCGAGAAGAUAUCGUAUCAUUUUAUACAUGCAAAACCAUCAGUUAUAUUUGAAAAUGUAUCUACACUUGCAAUUUUUAUCAAAGUCAUACUUCAUUUUGUAUUAUCAUUAGUUGUUCAACAUAAAUGCUCCAUGUUCAAUAUCACUUCACCAUUAGGGUCAUGUACUAUAUCAAACUUAAUUCAGAUCUUAGUACCACAUAUAAAUAUAUUACGAAAACAUUGUACUUCAUGUCAAACUUCAAUUCCUUAUAUUUCAAUCGCUGAUAUAGCAUAUUUACUGGUACAAAAUAAAACAAAUGAAUGGGUGACAGCAAUUGAUAUAAAUGUAUACUCCAAUAACCAGCAAUUUCGUUUAUUUAAUAGUGUCAAAUAUGGAAAAAAUAAUCCUCUUAUUUUAUCCACUACAUUUCCUUUUGAUUCUCAAUUACAAUAUUCAUUUUCUGACCUUCUUAAAAAAUCUUUAAUUACAUUCAUCGAAAAUGACCAACUUUCAAAAAUCUAUUUUAAAAAUGAAAAAUUUGUAUUUGAUUUAUCGACUUCUUCUAAUUCAACUAUUACAAAACUACAAAAUUUUAUAAAUAUUGAACCAAUUAAUCAACAUAUGAAGCAUUCGUCUUUUUCUCAUUCGCAUCCAAAUAUUAAUACUAAUCAAAAUUUAUCACGUUCAUUACAUCCUAAUAAAAUUAAUAAUCUAAAUUUAUCUAUACCAGAUAUGUCAAUAUUUAUCGAUUUUGUUGAAAAUAUCAUUACAUCUGAUCCAUCUCAUCAAGGUUACAUAUGUUCAUGUGCUCGUGGUACUUAUAAUACAAAUUUAUUAUUUUUUAAUAUAGCAGGAAAAUAUAAAUUCUGCCCAAAGAAAAAUGGUCAUCAUCAACGUAAUAAUGUAGCUAUCAUGAUCAAUAAAAAAGAAUAUACAUACAGUAUUCGAUGUAAAGAUAUUGAAUGUAAUAAUACUAUUUUAUCUUGGAAAAAAAUUAAAUAG